GGAUCGGCCAUCCACGCACUCUGUCAUUUGCGUUUAGUCAUCAGAAAUGUCUCACAGAAAGUUCAGUGCACCCCGUCAUGGCUCCAUGGGUUUCUACCCCAAGAAGCGCUCCCAAAGGCACCGCGGUAAAGUAAAGGCCUUCCCCAAGGAUGAUCCAAGCAAGCCUGUCCAUUUGACCGCCUUCAUCGGGUACAAGGCGGGCAUGACUCACAUCGUUCGUGAAGCCGACCGUCCUGGCUCGAAAAUAAACAAGAAAGAAAUCGUCGAGGCGGUAACCAUUCUAGAAACCCCACCAAUGGUGGUGGUUGGCUGUGUGGGUUACAUCGAAACGCCGCACGGCCUCCGCGCUUUAGUCACCGUCUGGGCCGAGCAUCUUUCGGAAGAUUGCCGCCGUCGCUUCUACAAGAACUGGUAUAAAAGCAAGAAGAAGGCUUUCACCAAAGCCUCCAAGAAAUGGCAGGACGUUCUCGGUAAGAAAUCGAUCGAGCGCGAUUUUAAGAAGAUGCUGAAGUACUGCAAGGUUAUCCGCGUAAUUGCGCACACGCAGAUGAAGCUGUUGAAUUUGCGCCAGAAGAAGGCCCACAUUAUGGAAAUUCAGGUUAACGGCGGUACAGUUGCCGACAAAGUCGCUUGGGUCAAGGAUCAUUUGGAGAAGCCCAUCCCGGUUGCCUCCGUCUUUGCUCAAGAUGAGAUGAUCGACUGUAUUGGAGUUACUAAAGGCAAAGGAUUUAAAGGCGUCACCUCACGUUGGCACACCAAGAAAUUACCCCGCAAGACGCAUAAGGGUCUACGUAAAGUCGCCUGUAUUGGCGCCUGGCAUCCCUCGCGCGUUUCGUUCACGGUUGCUCGCGCCGGUCAAAAGGGCUACCAUCACAGGACCGAAAUCAACAAGAAGAUUUACCGUAUCGGAUCCGGAAUUCACACAAAGGACGGAAAGGUUAUCAAGAACAACGCCUCAACUGAUUAUGAUUUAACAGAGAAGAGCAUCACACCAAUGGGCGGUUUCUGCCACUACGGUGUUGUCAAUCACGAUUUCCUCAUGAUUAAGGGUUGCUGUGCGGGUCCAAAGAAGAGGGUUAUCACGUUGAGGAAAUCCCUUCUCACACACACCAAGCGUGUUGCUCUCGAGAAGAUCAAUCUUAAGUUCAUCGACACAUCGUCCAAAUUCGGCCAUGGUAGAUUCCAGACGCCUGCGGACAAGGUUGCCUUUAUGGGUGUCCUCAAGAAGGAUCGUAUUAAAGAGGAGAAAAAAUCUGCUCCCAACUCCUAAAAUUGGAUUUUUGUAUCUUGAUUUUAUUGUAUUGACUUCUUUACAAUAAAAUGUUUAAGUUA